AUGAAAUCGCUGUGCCUCUUCAGCCUGAUCGUGUUCACUGUGAGCAUGGGAGUUGUGCAUAUGAAGGAAAUGGAUAUUACGGGACAGAAGGCCGUUGGAUUUGGGGUUGCCAAGCGCACAAAUGGGCUUGUGACAAACACCGCCCAUGAAAAGCUUCAGGACCCUGGGAUUACGGUAGUUCUUGAAAGGAACUGCAGACGCAGUGAGGAGCUGGAAAACAGCCUUAGGAAGCUCGGUCUGCCAUAUAGACCGUUCUACGUUGAUGAUGAUCUGGACCUCUACAACAGAAUGGUUACAGAGAACAGCGGGGAAAUUCCCUCGAUGUACAAGGAUGGAAAGAAGAUCGAGAAUCCUGUCAAGUUUCUAGAGGCAUAUAAAGCACAGCAUAUGGAAAUAAACGAUUCCAAGUGA